UGGGGAAUCUAUCCGGCAGCCUUCUGAUUAAUAGCCCGACUCCCUCUCCGCUCAGCCAUCUGACUCCCAAAAUAGUUGAGGAAGAUACGCAUGUCUAAAUGUUGAUAAACCUGGAAAGCUCUAGCCCAGCUAAUCGGCUUCAAAGAUGUUAGACCUUUUCACGCCUUAAGAGAGGUGUGAUUGUUUUGUGUUAAUCAUUAGAAGCGUCGGGUGCUGAUUAUUUCACUGCAGUGAAGAAAAGAAAAAGAAAACGAUAUUCGCACUUGAUAAAAUUCCAGGAUCCUGCUAUCUUGACUAGAUUUGUGUUUUAUCAUCCAGUAUUUUUGUACUGACUAUAUUGCACAGUACCUGGCCCAAAUAUGGUUUAAGUUGUGUUAAGUCAGUUGUUAAGUUGUUGGUGCAAAUCACAUCUUCCGAAAACAGCCUGAACGCUUUACCAGGUCAAACAAAGACAAAUGUAUCCUGUGCACAAUGUAAUGCCUGGAAUUAGCCUAUUUGUUCUAUUUAGUCCAUGGAUGUAGGCUAAAACCAAAAUGUACACCAAAUGUACACGCUUGAAAGUUGACACAACGGUUUUUGAAACAUUAUAUUUAAGGGUACAUAACUCAAGACUAAAUCUGCCGAUUCACUUCUUGAUUAGGAGGUGGGAUGGGAUUGUACAUUGUACUGAAAAACACAGCCUACAUAUGAAACCUUAUAGCUAGUACCCCCGGGCUAUAAGUAGCAUAGGGAAAAAACGGAAUACAAAUCACAACACGCGUGAUGCUCCCACAACUCAACUGAGAGCUUAGAAACUAGAACAAAUGGGUAUUUUGUGAUCCUAAACAUGUUGUUUAUUAUAUUGAGUGGCUUCUUCAACACAAACUUUUGUAAUAUGCAAAAAAAAAAUAUUCAGGAAGGAGUUUGGGUUAAGGUUAGGGGUUAGGGAAAACAACAAGGGACUGAAUUGUCCCCACAAGAAUAGCAAUACAAACUUGCCCUCUGUUUCAAAAAAUGUAAAGCAUUCCGACUGAAUCUGAACCUCUAAGGUUAGGACAUUCAAGCACUUGUGGGUACAUAUCCUAUACAUUCCUACGGCUUUGUGGUUUAUCACUCAAGACUGAAGGAGUCUUGACUGCUGUUUGUUGAACUGUUUUCAUGGCAAUUGGGAGGACUUAUUACACGUUAACAAAGGCUCCAAAAGUAAAUGGCUGCUUUCACAGCUUCUUGCGCCUUGGCAGUUGGGAACGUGGUAUUUGGUUGGUGUGUUGGUAUGAGAGGGAGAGAAUGAGCAUUUGGUUACUCUAUGUUUGGAGAUGACCUCUUUUAAGUUCAGUAACAUGACCCAUCUGCAGUAUUGCCAAAGCAGGGUCAAGGCAGCGUCACAGAGCCAAAGUGAGUGAAACCUAAGUUGAUGGACAACUUUAAUUUAGGCUACUGUCCUAUAUCUUUGUGGGUCAUUGACGAGUAGAAGCAACUCAAAGACACACACACACUCAGGUCCACAUUUUGGUCUGUCUCAGUAUGUCUUCUCCCAGAAGUCUGCUGUCUGAAGAGCAGUUCAAGUGUUCUAUCUGUCUGGAUGUGUUCACUGAAUCUGUCUCUAUUACAUGUGGACACAACUUCUGCAAGGCCUGUAUCGCUAUGUACUGUCAAUGCGAUAAUAUGUGUCAGUGUCCAUUUUGCAUGGAGCAAUUCUAUGGAGAACCUGACUUUAAAAAGCUGGACAAACAGGAGUUUGCCAAACCCGGAGAAGGGUCCAUUGAACAUAAACUCACAAGCCACAACCAAACAAAAUGGAUGAACCCUGUGGUGAAACUGACCGACAAGAAGGAAAAUCUGAUGAACCCUGUUGACAAGAUGGUCAGCCCUGGGAAUACACAGGUUGUACAGAAGAUGUGUAAGAAGCAUCACAGACCCUUAGAGAUGUUCUGUAAGAGAGACCAGACAUGUGUUUGUGUCAUGUGCAUAAAAACAGACCACCAAGCCCAUCAUACAAUUCCCCUUCAGGAGGAAUAUAAAGAGACAAAGGUUCAACUGGGAAUAGAAAAUGGAGGUGUGCAGCACAUGAUCCAGGAGAGACUGGAGAAGGUUCUGGAGAUUCAAUUCUCAAUAGAGAUCAGCAAGAGAGAUGCAGAGAGAGAGAUAUCAGACAGCAUUCAGGCCUUCACUGCUCUGGUGCGCUCCAUUGAGAAAAGCCAGGCUGAGCUCAUUGAGGUGAUUGAGGAGAAGCUGAAAGCAGCAGAGAAACGGGCAGAAGGGUUCAUUAAAGAUCUGGAGCAUGAGAUCACUGAACUGAAAAGGAGAAGCACUGAGCUGGAGCAGCUCUCACACACUGAGGACCACCUCCACCUGCUCCAGAGCUUCCCAUCCCUGAGCACCCCUCCACACACCAAGGACUGGUCUAAGAUCAGUGUCCACAGUGAUCUGAGUAUUGGGACAGCAAGGAGAGCAGUCUGUCAGAUUGAGGAUAUAUUGGUAGAUGUUUUGAAGAAGUUGUGUGAAGCUGAACUGAGGAGGAUCUGUCAGUAUGCUGUUGAUGUAACUCUGGACCCAGACACAGCCCAUCCAAGACUCCGUCUGUCUGACGAUGGGAAAAGAGUCAAGCAUGGAUAUGUCAGGAAGGAUCUCCCUGACAACCCAGAGAGGUUUGAUCCUGUUGUCUUAGUCCUGGGAAAGCAGGGCUUGUCCUCAGGAAGGUUCUACUAUGAGGUGCAGGUUGAGGGGAAGACUGAGUGGGAUCUGGGAGUGGCCAGAGAGUCAAUCAACAGGAAGGGGGAGGUCACAGUCAGCCCUGACAAAGGACACUGGACAAUAUGGCUAAGAAAUGGAAGUGAGUACAUGGCUCUCACAGACCCCCCUGUCCUCCUCUCCCUGAAACAGAAGCCCCAGAAGGUGGGAGUGUUUGUGGAUUAUGAGGAUGGUCAGGUCUCCUUUUAUGAUGUGGAGGCAACGUUUCACAUCUACACUUACACUGGCUGCACCUUCACCGAGAAGCUGUACCCGUAUCUGAGUCCAUGUCUUAAUGACGAAGGUACCAACUCAGCUCCUUUGAUCAUCACCCCUGUGCAAAAGAGUUAGUCACAACCACCUCUAUACAGUACAAUCCUCAUUCACCAUUAUCUUCUCAAGUUAUUUCUUAGAUUUGUUCUUAAAAAAGUUCCUAACAAAAAUCUACGUGUGAUUCAUGACAUGUUCCUAAAUAGCAGAAUUGUUCGCAGGUGUGGUCUUAGAAUGAUGAAUCCGAAUAUUUCGUAAGUUAAAAACUUGUGCCCCGUUGCUCCUGUUUAGCAUAGGUAAACGCCCGUUAAUUCCCAGAAAAGGGCAUGAGAUGGCAGGGCCAUGUGCACACUCGGAGAAAUGUCGAAAAGACAUGGUAAAGACGGUGGAGGCCUCGACUCCAAAAGAAAGAAAAACUUUUGUAAUUCUGAAGUGGAGGUACUGCUGCAAGAAGUUACAACACAUUGUAUUUAGUAGCGUCAGCGGUGGAUACAAAGCAGUAAAUAAAACUGAUGCAUGGAAUGCAAUUACUCAUGCAGUGAACACUGUAUCUGGAGAAGGGCGCUGAACUGAUGAAGUGAAAAAUAAAUGGUUUAACUUUAAUCUGAAUUCUGAAGCAAAAAAAGAAGAUAGAAGACAGCUGACUUUUACUAAUAUCCAUGAGGACUGCUCUUGGUAGCCAAAAGAGUCCCAACAGGUACUCGUCACUCUCUGCAAAUAAAUCGAUAUGGUCAAGGAAGAUGCGUUCCCUCCUCAGGGAACGAUCUACAAAAUUUGCAGCAGCAAUAAAUACGCCAUUGUGUGGUGUAGUCCUAGUGUGCGGAAUAAGCCUACUUUGGGCCCAUAAAUACCGUGAUAAGUCACUUAUUAUUGGAUGGCAAGGUUCCCCGUUAACAUAAUUGAUGUGAAUUGAAGGCAAAGCAAGGCUAGUUUAUUUAUAUAGGCCAAGCACAAUUCAUACACAAUUCAAAGUGCUUUACAAAUUAGCAUAAGUGCAAGUGUAGUGAGUAUAAAAUAAAUAAAAAAGUUAUGACAAUUAUUAGUUGCAAAAUUAUAAAGAGAAAUAUUCCAUUUUAAAUUAGAACGGACGAAAACGGUGUAACUACCUAUUUUGCGCAAACAUGUUAGCUCUCAAUUGUGUGUAACGGUGGUCUUGGGUGCGCGUAUAUUCUGUUCUUACCUAAGAACAAAACCCAAAUAAGAAAACAUUGGUGAAUGCUAGAAUCUUUGUGAACAGCUGGGGACUGAGCUGAAGUCAGUAAACUGUGAACAACUAGGUUAUUUACUCUCGUGAUUUUUGUUUAUCUUAUACAUGAAAUAGUAGACCUGUGCUUUUUCUUGAAGAAACUAACCCAGAUUGCACAUAGUGGUAAUGGCUAUGUGUAAUGCAAAGCAAAGUAUGUUACUUAAGGCAAUGUUUGAGUGCCACCCCCAAAAAUCUUGCUUAAAGCUUCAUGUUAGCAAUUAUUUAGUUUUUACCAUUGUUUGCUAAAUGGCAUUUUUGUCUGUUUAUACAUUAAAAAAAACAGACCUAAAGAUUAGGAUGCUGCUAACAUGAUGUCUGCGUCAUUCUUAAUUCGUUUUUUUGUGUGUCAAUGGUGUAUACCCCAGUAUAUGUGAGAUAGAAAUGUAAAACUGAUUGAUUAAACUAGUGCAUAAAACCCAUCUGUUUGUAGCUCUUUUUCUGUGUUCAUGUGUGCAUGCUGGUAUGCGCACAGCAGCCUUUAAGUGAGUUCACAGUGCCUGUUCAGACUGUCUCUUGUGAGGAGUAGAAAAGUUUCCACCGUGCUAUUUACAAAGGGUGGGAUCUCUUUGUAGCCCAGCCCUUGCCUUCUCUCAGGUAUGCAGGAACACACACACACACAAUCUCAUGUACCCAUGCACUCAAAAGCCUGUGUAUCCCUAUAUGUGUAUCAGUGCCGGACAAUAGUACUAUAACUAGAGAUGGUACAAUUUCUGGGGAAAUUUUAGGGUGUGCUUGCUUGCUUCAGUUGCAGGUGGGUCAGUUUUCCCUUCAAGUGAUAUUUCAAGCAUUUAGCCUACUCAUAUUGCAUAAUUCAUUAAGAACACCCUUUGAAACAAGGAACCCCCUUUG